AUGUCGAUCCAAGUACCACUCUUCUCAGAGUCGUUAUCUCAAAUCAAGUGGCCAUUGUCUCCUUCAGAUCCACCAACCAGUCAAGACAUCGUACAUGCAAUUGUCUUCCUUGAGAAGGUGAAGGAGUUUUUUAGCCCUCCCUCAUUUAAGAGAAAACUGUGCCUGGACUACCGUAUGGCCACUGUUGAUGACCUCGCGAAAGCGCAGCUGUAUCUACACAAGGUAUGCAGCGCAGCCACGGCUGGGACAGGUGGAAAUGUAGAGUCUCGUGUCAUCUCGGAUGCCAUUGAACCCAUCUAUAAAAGGCUCGACCAGAUGAAUAAAACACUGGUUCGGGUGGUGGAUAAUUCUAGGAUUCACAGUCUGGAGCAACAGCUCGACUUUGAUUCCCAAGUAAGUGAGCAUCGACAGAGGUCCGGCUACCCCGAGCAGUCACCGGUUGAAAGUACGCACUGGAAACAUCCUUUCAACGACUUACAAUUGUACCCCCAGAUUCCAAUCUCGUGGGACUGUGAGGAGGAGGACUUUGAAUUGCCGCCUUUACGCACGAACAACGACUUCACUAACCUCACCGAUUAUCAAUUGGACGAUUAUCUUUAUUGCUACCAAAUUGACGUUGAUGACCAAAGUACUAGGGAGACAAAAAUGCAUUGCCUCCGAUACUUUAUUGUUGGUUGUUCGAAGUCUUGUCCUGCUGCGUCUGAUCCAGUACUUGUUUCGUGA